CUCAGCCCGUUGUUUCUUCUCCGACGCUAUCUUUCCCCCCACACCAUGUUGUACGAGUUGAUUGCCAUUGUCCGUCCGGGCAGCCUCAAUGAGGUCCGAGAAAUUGCCCGUAACACCGGCAUCCAGGUCCUGCGGUCCGGCGGCGUAGUCCGCGGAUACACCAACUGGGGCACCUUCCGACUCCCCAAGCCCACUACCAAGCAUCAGGCCCGAUACACCGAAGGCCACCAUUUUAUUAUGCGCUUCGAUGCUUCCGGCCCAGUACAGAUGGCCGUCCGCAGAACCCUCGGCCUCGAUCCUCGGAUGAUUCGCUUCUCCGUGGUUAAGUUGGGCGACAAGCUGGAAGACAUCAAGGAUAUCCCGGGCAAGGUCGAGUGGAACAACACUCGCAACAUUUCCGAGUCUAUCUAAAAAAGGAUAUCGCUUGUUUGGUUAUGCAUUAGUUGGACGAGAUGAGGAGCCGUUGCACAGCUCGCCUACGUUGAUUUUCGUCCGGACAUUGAUGGUUCGCUGUAUUAUUGGGAUUGAGGGUUGAAUUUUUGUACUAUCAUACCAGCAUCGCAGGCGCACAUUAUAUCACUUAAUUGGGUUUCUAUCUUUAAGGUGUCGUUUCAUCGCCUGUCGUGCACUACACCAAGUUGAUACGUUUUGGCACGUGACCUGGUUCUUGGGUCUCGCAGGAUCACUAUAGCCCCGAUCUGAUCUGGUUCGAAAGCGACAUCAGACUAAAAAGAAUUGCACCCCUGCUAGUAUAUCUGAGGCUAUGCUAUAAGACACAUUAUGGCAACAUAUACUCCGUGAAAUAGCAGUGGACAUACUCUUAAGCCCGAAGCCUCACUCUCCAACGUAAA